AUCCGACGUAAGUACUUACUUACACUCUGAACUUUAGCCGCAAUGCCAAAAUGAAGAUGGGUAGUGCGAGGGAGGGGGCUAAAUGUCAGUACCAAAAGAUGUUUACUUGGUUCGUAGGGAGCUAGAUCCGUAUAAAAGCCAAAUCGGCUAUCCUAAUCAGUCAGUUGCAAAAAUACCUUGUGGGGAAUUUUUAAAUCUAUUCCAAAAAAAAUUGCAAAAAUGAAAAUGUUCGUUGUUUUCUUCGCUAUUUUCGCUGUAGCUUUGGCAGCUCCACAAAAUCCGGCCGAUGUACAGGCUCAAGUACUGAGAUACGAAAAUGACAACAUUGGCGUUGAAGGAUACAAUUUUAACUAUGAAACAAGCAACGGAAUCAGUCAACAGGAGCAAGGCACCCUCCAAAACGCCGGAAGCGAAAACGAAGUGAUGCAAGUCCGUGGAAGUUUCUCCUAUACUGGUCCAGAUGGAGUCGUAUACACCGUAACCUACAUCGCUGACGAAAACGGAUUCCAACCACAAGGAGCACAUAUACCCUCCAAAUAAUUUUUUGACUAAGUUAAAUAUAAACUAAAAGAAAAAGAUGUUAUUGGUUCAAUAAUGUUCUUUUGUGAUUCUCAUCUUCAUCUUUUUAAAACUCAUCGUUUACGAAGAUUUGAUUUUGGAAAUCUUUGGUAAAUGCGAGCUCUCUUAUUUAUGAACACUAUCACACCUGUUUUGUAAAU